AUGUUCAAGGUGAUCAAAAGCUACACGAAAAAAGCGAAUCGAACGCACGAGGUUGCCCAAGACGGGGGAACGUAUCGAUCAACAUCUGAAGUGCGAAAUGGACAAGCGAAUGGAUCAUUUCAUAAUGGAAACGGUGGACAAAUCGCUCAAUUCGAGAAUAAGCAUUUGGCCGGAGCGCUGGGUGGAUUUUCGGAGAGUUCAAGCUAUGAAACAAGGGAACACUUCGAGAGAAAAGUUCAAAAAGUGAAGAAAAGUCGAGGGGAAAGGGAAAGGAGUCGCUCGCAGAGGAGAGAGGUUUCCGAAGUUUUGGGUGCAGAGAGCGGCUCAUCAGCUAGAGAUGCUCUUUUGCAAUGGGCAAGGAAGGUAACCGCCGGGUAUCCGCGAGUGAAUGUGACGAAUUUUGGCUCAUCGUGGAGAGAUGGUUUGGCAUUUAACGCGAUUCUUCAUCGCUAUCGACCAAAUAGCAUCGAUUGGAACAAGAUCAGUGACGUGUCGGUGUCGAACAAGGAACGUCUGGAGAAUGCGUUCCGCGUCGCUGAAAGGGAAUGGGGAGUGACGAGACUCAUUGAUCCCGAAGACGUGGACACCGAUCAUCCGGAUGAGAAAUCUCUGAUCACUUAUGUUUCCGAGCUCUACAACAAGUUGCCACAUUUGCCUGAGAUGAGCAAGUUGGAACGUUUGCACAACGAAUAUUCUGUGGAAGCGGCGGAAUGGUUGGAAUGGGUGGAGAGGAGGACAACGCUUGUUGACGAGAGACAUUUCACGGCGACAAACGAGGAGUUGAUCUAUGAAUUGGAGAGAUUUCGGGACGACGAUUUACCGCCGAAAUUCGCCGACAAACGACGUUUGGAGGAGAUUUAUGAGAAAUUGGAGGUGCUCACAGGCACGACGCUCAACUCGAUUCCGUCGAGGCUUUCUCCGGGAUCGUUGAAUCGAGCGUGGAACCAAUUACUUGAUUCGAUCGAUCGACGAUAUUCUUUAUUGAUGGAAAGACGGAGUAGUCAGGCGACUGCCAACGAUUUGCUUUCUCGUUUGCAACGUGGAAUUGGGAUUACAAACGAGAAAUUGGAUUUGAUUCUUCAUAGAAUCGAGGACGUCGAAGCUCGCGUUGAUCGCAGUCCACCAGCUGAAAUCGAGCGUCAAGUGAACGGAAUUGUCGACGAUUUGAAUGCCCUUGAGAGUCCAAUUCAGGGUUUCUUUGAGGACGUGGAUGAAUUGAAGACUCAAGGCCAUCCAGAUGCCACCGAUUUCUAUCGUCAAGUGUUCGGUCUUCAUCAACGCCGAACGGCUUAUUUGGAUCGACUCACGAAUCGCCUCUUGACACGAUUGGGUGUAAGAACCGAGACACUUCGCCGCGAGAACUCAGAACGGCUCGAAUCGAUUCGAAAAUCGACGUUUAGCCGCGUCGAGGAGUGCAUUCAAUGGGUGCGGGAGAGAUUGGAGCACUUGAGCAACAUGGAAUUCGUCGAGGAUCUCGAGAUUUUGGAGGAGAAAUUCGAGAAGCACAAGGUUGACAACCGUGACAUCCAAGAUUUCCGUCAAAACGUUGAUGAAUGCAUCGCUCGACAAGCGGAAGUGCCAGCUGAAGAUUCACACGAUUAUUGUGAAUUGUUGAGAAUCCUCGAGAGUGAAUAUCAACAAUUGAGAGAUCUCUCUGCCGGGAGGAUGCUCGAUUUGGACUCUCUGAUCGCUUUCGUGCGCGCCGCUCAACUCGAGCUCGUCUGGGUUUCCGAGCGUGAAGAGAUCGAAGUGACGAGGAAUUGGUCGGACAUCAAACAAUUGGACACGCAUAUGCUCCAAAACUACUAUAAACAGCUUCUGCAUGAGAUCGAAUUGCGCGAGAAGCCGUUCAACGAUGUGCACAAUCAAGGAGCCGCUUUACUCAAUCAAGGACAUCCAGCUGUGCAUGUGAUUGAGGUCUAUCUCCGCACCAUGCAAUCACAAUGGGAUUGGCUGUUAUCGUUGUCGAAAUGUCUUGAAGAGCAUUUACGGGAUGCGCUCAAUCUCAAAUCGUUCAUGGAAGAAGCGGCUGAUGCUGAGGCGUGGAUGGAAGAACAAAGCGGACAUUUGGAGAGAAACUACAACAGAACCGAUUUCUCGCUUGAAGAGGGAGAAAGAUUUUUGAGGGAAUUGGAUGAAAUCAAGGAGAUUCUCAACAAGUAUCACGGUGUCCUUUUGGCGUUGACUGAACGAGCAAAUACAAUCUCUCCAUUGUGGCAAAGAGGCGAAAGGAUCACAAGACCGAUCGUGGUCACUGCUUUGUGCGAUUACUCAAGCAAAGAGGUGAACAUCCGUGCCGGCGACGAUGUGGCCCUUUUGGAGAACUCGGACUUGAUUCACUGGAAAAUUCGUGACAUUUCCGGGCAUGAGGGUCAAGUUCCAUCAGUCGUUUUCCGAAUCCCACCACCGGAUCCCCGUUUAACCGAAAUCCUUAACCGACUUCUCCAAAAAUACGAGAAACUCCGGAAACUUUGGGAGAGAAAGCACAGAAUGGUGCGCUUCUACAUCGUCCUCAACACGAUGAAGCAAAUUCAAGAAUGGGAUUUGGAUACUUUCAAUUCAAUUGAUCCAGAGAAAAGAGAUGCAAUCAUUCGAGCGUUGAACGAUGAUGCCAACAAGUUGUUAGCCGAAUUGGAUCCAAAUGAUCCAUUGUACAAGAGGCUGAAGGACGAGCUGAAAAAGACGAUGGAUCACUUUUGGAAUUUGUUGAAUCAAAGCCAGAAGCCCCCGGAGCCCGAUUAUGCAUCACAAUACGAUCAAAAGGUCGCCGAAUUGCUUCGGAAAUUGGAUGAAGCUUGGAGGAAAUUGAAUGAACGAGUCGGGAAACCCGUUUCAAGAACACCUGAAGAGUUGGAAAAGGAAAUCCUCGAGCAUAAACAGUUUGAGGACGCGUUGCAAGCACUCGACGCAGAUGUGGCGAAUGUGAAGGAGCUGUUCAGACAGUUGCCGAAUCCGUCUCCGAAUCAGCGAAUGAACAAUGAGAAGUUGGCGGCCGUUUGGGAGAAUUUGUGGGAUUUGUCGAGAAUGUACGUGGAGAGGAUUAAAGUGUUGGAGGCGGUGUUGAAUGGAAUGCUUGAAGUCGAUGACAUUGUGCGAGCACACGAGAUCACGUUGAGCAGCUUCGACGAUAUGCCAGCCGAUAUCGCUAAAUUGCGUGGCGUUCACUCGCAACUCCUCGAAAUGAAUAUGGUCCUUCAACAACAACAAACAAUCAUCGAUGCACUCAAUCGAAAUCUUGCCUUGUUGAGACAACACGUGGCAAGGACGAGAAUGGAUGCACACAGCCACCCCGACGUUGAUCGAAUUGAAGAAGAGGUGCAACAAUUGAACGUUCGUUGGGAGAAUGUUGGAGCACAGGUUGCCGAGCGUCUGAAAGCCGUCGAGAGAGCUCUGCAAAUCCAGAUGGUUUACAGAAGUGAAUGGGAGAACGAGAUGACUUGGUUGGAUCGAGUUGAAGCAACAAUAAAUCAACUUCGAAAGCCGGAAGAUCUUCGCCCAGAAGAGUAUCAAAAACAAUUGGAUAUUCUCGUUGCUGAAUACGCUCAAUUGCAAGAGCACACAGAUGCGAUCGAGAAUGUGAAUCGAGAAGGAGGGAAAUUCAUUCGAGACGCUAAGAAUUUCGAUCUUCGCUUAAAUGGAUAUCAAGAUGGAGUCACUCGUCAUCAUGGACAAGGCAUUCGAAGAGAGUUUAGAAGAUCCGAUCCACAACCGAAAAACGGAGCUGAACAAGUGAAAGAAGAGUUAGAGCAGUUGAAUCGACGAUUUGCUCAACUCUCGUCAUUGAUUUUGGAGCGAAGAAAUCAUAUGCAGGUGCUCAUCCAGAACUGGAAACGCCAGAAGCAGGAAGAAGAAGAUCGACGACGAGCUGAAGAAGAGGAAAGAAGGAGAGCUUUUGAAGCGGCUAGAUUAAAAGCAUUGGAAGACGCGGAUAGACUGAGGAGAGAAAGAGAGGCAGCUGAAGGAGCGAGAAGAGCUGCUGAUGAAGAAGCGAGGAGAAGGAGGGAAGAAGAGGAAAGACGGAGGAGAGAGGAGGAGGAAAGGAGGAGGAAAGAGGCUGACGAUGCGGCGAGGAGGAGGAGGGAAGAGGAGGAUGAGAGGAGAAGGAGAGAGGAAGAGGAGAGGAGGAGGAGAGAGAGAGAGGAUGAGGAGCGGAUGAGGAGAGAGGACGAGGAGCGGAGGAGGAGAGAGGAAGAGUGGAAGAACAAGACUCCCAAUUACCCAUGGCAAGUCGUCGAACCGACCGAAGAUGUCGGACACUUGGAAACAACCGAUCCAAUGCAUGAGAGAGCUAAGAUCGAAAUCGAGCCCGACGAGAUGCAAAUGUAUCAAGAGGAGACGAUCACAUCGACGCAAUUCUACGAAAUGGAAGGAGUGCUGCAUAAACAAACUGGAGAGAUUCUCACGUUCGUUGAAGCGAUCAGACAGGGUCUUCUCGAUCUUCACUCUGGCGGCGGACAGUUCUUCGACUUAAUCUCUGGAUCGAGGAUCUCACUCGAGAAAGCUGCCGAGCUAGGGUACAUCGAGGGAGGAUUCCAGGAUACUUUGAACAAGCACUGGGGUAUUCACCAUCCGGAUACUGGCGCCACACUUACUCUCCUUCAAGCCAUCCAAAUUGGACUCUACGAUCCGGACAUGCGUCAACUACGAGACAUUCACACUGGCGAGGUGCUCGAUGCCGUUGACUGUGAGGUGAAAAAGAUCAUCUCAUCGCUUGAUCAACACAAGCUCAUUAAAAUGGGUAUCCUCAAAACCCCACCAAUGUCUCUACCAAUCGCCAUCGAGAAAAAUGUGCUCAACACGCACACCGGCGAGUGCAUCUUCCGAUAUACAAAAGAGCAAAUGCCACUGAAAGACGCGAUCUAUCAUGGAUAUGUGAGAAUUGGAGGAACACAAAGCGGACAGCCGGCCAUGAUUGCACCAACUUUAUCCGAUGUGAUCGAGAACGAUUUGAUCAAUGCAAACAAUGGGGAAUUCGUGGACAAGAACGGCGACGAUAAAUUCACUCUUCGUGAGGCGACGAACAAGCAAAAUGCUCUGCUCAACACACACGUCAACGAGAUUGUCAACACUGCUGACAAGACUCGUUUGACGCUGGGACAAGCGCUCGUCCGAAACGCGAUCGAUCUCCGCGCUGGAAAUUUCAAGGAUCUGCAACACAAGCAGAACUUGUCCCUUCGCGAGGCGCAUCGCGAAGAUCUCAUCUGUCGCCCGAGAACCCUCACUGAGAUGCAUGAAAAGAAUUUGAUCGAUUCAACAGGACAAUUCAUCGAUGCGGGCACUAAAUCCCGGUACACUCUCCUCGAAGCUAUCGUGGCUGGAGUUUUGGACCCUGAGGUUCGUCAUAUCGUUGACCCAGCCGAGAACGACGUGGUUUCAAUCGCGGCGGCUCUUGAAAGAGGACUCCUCAACGCACAAGGAAGAAUCGUUUUGGAGAAAGAACAAAGGGAAUUCAUGAUCUCGGAAGCGGUUAGAGAAGGAUUGUUGGCGAAAAGAGUUCGACACUCAAUCUUUGACAUCAAGGGAUUCAGGAACACUCAAACCGGUCAAUCACUUUCCUUCAAAGACGCCGUCGAUGUCGGUGUGCUUAUUCCGAACGCUGAGCGUGUCGUCGAUUUAUCCACCCGUGACUCAUUCAUGUUAUCCGAUGAGAAAGCAAAAGACAUUGUUGAUUCGGCACUUCUCGAUUUGUUGACGAAACCCGUUGGAAUCCGGGAUGGUGGCUCGAAUCUGUCGGUGAUUCGUGGAGUCUCUCGUGGUUUAAUCGAUCCAUCGAAGGCUCUUUUCUUCAACAAGAACACCAAACAGGAGUACUCGGUGGCACAGGCAUAUCAACACGGCCUUGUCACUCUGCGUGGCGCUCUCCAAUUAUUGGGAAUGUUCGAUAUUCAUCCAACACUCGUCGCCCCAGUGAAGAGAGUCGACAAAAAGAAGAGAAUCUCUCGACCAGGACAACCACAAUUUGAGCUAGCCGCUGAUCAGGUGAAAGUCACCCUCGAAGAAGCUAUGAAACAAGGCUUGAUCAACUCGGGAACCCAACGAUUCAGACAAGGAGAUAUCGAUAUUUCGUUACAAGAUGCUUUGACACAAGGACUUAUCGACCCAGCCUCCGAAUGGAUUGUGCCAGCAAAACAGCACGGAGCCGGCCCAACAAUCGAAGAGAAAACAACGGAAAGUGUCACGGAAACUGGCCAGCAUUUGGCACCAAAGGUCUACCCCGACAAAAACGUCGAAGAAUCGGUGACUACAGUGAAACGCGUGCGCACAACGGAGACAACGGCCCUAGGUGGACCUGGGGGUGUAUCGGUCUAUCGAGCAAUCACUGGCGCCAAGGGAACACUGGAAGUACCCGCAUCUGGAUAUCACUUGUACGAGGCGGAGAGGAAAGGAAUUGUUGAUUUGACAACCGGACAAAUUACACCACCAGGCGUUGAGCAGAAAUUGUCAUUUAAAGAGGGAAUCGAGUUGGGAAUCAUCGAUGAGAGAUCGAUUCUUGUCAGAGAUCGAAGCGGUCGAAUGGUGAAUGUGAAAGAGGCGCUAGAGAACGGGACAAUGGACAAGAAUGGAAAUGUGAACGGGAGAAAUCUCGAGAAAUUGAUCGAUGAGAAGAGCAUCGUGAUCGAAGCCGAAGCACUUGUUCCAUUGAAUGAGGGAAAUAAGAUCAUUCAGUUCUCCUCUCAAUCCGGUCCAGUGAUGGCUUUCCGUCCAGUUGGACAUCCAGUGGUUGAAGAAACCGAACAAGCGUGGUCCUUCGAUUCACAAAAGGGAGAGCUCGUCGAUCAUAUCUCUGGGCAAAGGCUCACACUUGAGGCGGCUGUCGCCUCCGGAAAGUUGAGUGCCGACGAUUUGAAAGUGCGAGACGCGUUGACCGGCCGAGAAAUGUCCUUUGAAGAGGCGGAGAAAUGGGGAAUUAUCGAUAGCAGAAGUGGAUAUUAUAUGGAUAAGAAUACCGGUCAUCGAUUGACAUUCACCGAGGCUGCACAACAGCAUCGAAUCUAUCCAACUGGCGGUGUGCCGGACAAUGCGGCCGACGCGCUCCACACGACGGUCAAAGUUCACACGCGAACGGCUGUCGCCAAAAAGGAGGCUUUGUCUGGUGGACAGAGUGCAAUCCAGGGUGGAUCGUCGUUCAAUCAAGCGAUUGGAUGGUACGAUGUGAAUACAGGAACAUUCACUCAUCCGGAGACACAGAAACAACUCACACUGAAGGAAGCAAUCGUCAAGGGACUCUUCAAUCCCUACGAUAUCACGGUGAGCGAUCGUCGCCGAAACAAGGAGAUCAAUCUGUUGGAAGCAAUGGAUGAGGGAAUUGUUGAUGACACGGCUGGAACGGUCACUGAUACAGCAUCUGGAAGAAAGAUCAAUCUUAGAGAUGCCCUCAAUCAGGGAAUCCUCAAGGGCAAAUCCGUCGCCGACAUUGUCGAGCGAGAUUUCACCGGAAGAGCUGAGGCUCACGGAUCUCGUGAACCGCCACCAAUCGCCCAUCAUCAAUCCCAUCAUCACUCAAUCACCCCCGCCUCUUUCCCACAACCAACAAGACCGACAUCGGGAGGCCAACGAAUCGUCGAACAAUCACUUCACUAUACGGAUUUUUCUCCUAGCGGAGGAUCGCAAUUCGUAUUUAAUUUCCCCAAUUUUCCGGUGGCCCUUCGCGAGCACAAACAAAAGCCCGCCGGUGGUGAGGGAAGAACGGAGAUGAUGGAUUUGGGUGGAGGAAAUCAGGUGAUGGUGAAAGUGGUUCGUGAUGAGCAUGGAAUUGAAAAGGGUCAAUAUGUUGAUCCGAACACCGGCAUGAAGUUCACCAUUCAAAUGCACGGCGAUCCCUUCGUCACCGAGACAAAAACGACUGUCAAGAGCACGUCACAGGUUCAAUCAAUCGAGCUUGAGCCUCAUGCCGAAUUUGUCGGAAUCGAUCGAAUUCGCGACAAGAGAAACAAUCGUGUGAUGAGCUUGGAAGACGCGAAAAGAAUCGGAUUGGCGAGAGUGGACAAAAAGGGAAAACAACACACGAAGACCUAUGCAGCAUUCAGAUCAAAUCUACAAAAUGCUGUUACAAAGGGAGUGAUCGAUGCGAAUGGUUCAAAGAUCUCGUUGGAAGACGCGAUUCGAGCAAGAAUCAUCGACAUUAAUGCUUUAACAUAUGCAAAUCCGAAGACAGGAGAGAGUCUGCCAUUGGGACAAGCUGCGAAUAUGGGAUUAGUUGAUGUGACAUUGUCGGAGACAUUGCCAAAAGGAGUCAUUCAUCCAACGAACAAUGAGAGAAUCCCCAUUCAACGGGCAAUUCAAUUGGGAAUUGUUGACUCGCGAACAGGAGAGGUCCACAACCCAUUCACAAAGGAGCGUUUGACGUGGUUGGAUUUAUUGAAGUCGGUCUACAAUGCGGUCACCAAUCAAGGUGUCUACGAUCCGACAAAAGGAUAUGGAGUCCCAGUGACAAGUGCACUCAAUGAAGGACUGCUUGACUCGAAAACAGGAAGAUAUCACAAUACGAUCACGAAAGAGUCCAUGGAAUUGGAUCAAGCCUUGGAAAAGGGUUUAAUCGAUCGGGGCACGUAUGAUGCGAUCACGGCUCCAUCCAUCCGCGAUUUCCACACAAAUCGUGACGUCUCUCUAAUGGACGCUGUUCGAUCGGGAAUCAUUGACCCGAAAAAUCGAACCAUUCAAUUGAGUCGACAGAGCAUUGUGCCGAUUUCAAAAGCUGUGCAAGACGGUAGAAUCCCGAGAGAGAUUGGAAGUCAUUUGAGAAGAGUCGACAAGUUGACAUUCGCAGAAGCGCUUGGAAAGGGGUUGAUCGAUGUGUCAAGCAAUUCGUUCAAAGAUCCGGACACAGGACGACAGAUCCCCCUUCAACAAGCCAUCGACGAGGGUUUCAUGGAUGAGGGAAGCUUGAGACCACUCGAAGCCGAGCAAGAGAACAACCUGGCUAAUGUGCUUGAGUCAAAUGAUUUCGACGAUGCAUCUGGCCGCUUGAGAGACAAGAAAUCGGGUCUCCAUCUUACAUUCAAAGCGGCUGUUGAUCGAGAUCUCAUUGAUGGAGACUCACUCCUUCACGAGACUGAAACAGCUCAAACAUUGACUCUCCGAGAAGCGGUGAGCCGUGGAAAAAUCGAUCAAGACGGAAAAUAUGUGGACUCAAAGAGUGGGAAUCGAUUGAGAUUGAAAGAGGCUGUACAAACGGGACAUUUGGCGCUAAUCUCGAGUCCGAUGGAUGCAGCAAGAGUGGUGGCUGAGGCGGUGAAGAGGAGAGAUGCGGAAGGGUAUCGAUUCAGAUUAGAGGGAUUGGAUGAAGCGAAGCAACAUCACCGACACUCUGGGGGCGCGCCAAAGUUCCGAGAAGAGACCACAGUGUAUCGAUUGAAUCGGCCCGAGCCUGGGUUGGCCGUAAGAAUGCGGAUGUCCGAUAGUACAGGAGCUGUGGCCGACAGAGCAAGAUCAAUCAUCGAAGACCCAUCAUCACUUGCCGAGAUGCAGCACGAAUUCUUGAAUGCUCUCGAGGCGGCUCAGUUCGACACAGAGGCUCGAAUUCUUGAGAAUCCUGCUACAAACAAUCGGGUUUCAGUUCGAGAAGCUGCUGAAACUGGCCUUCUUGACGUGCUCUCUGGAGAGAUCGUUCACCCAGACACCGGCCGACGAUACACUCUCCCAAAAGCGGUUCACAUGAAAUUGUUGCAAGUUGAUCCAGCAAAGAGAUUGAUGCAAGCAUUGGGACAAUCCACUGAUGAAUUGGAGCCAAAACAGACAUCCUCAUCCUUCACUCCUGGUGGACACACUUCAACAACCACCACAUCGUACGGACAACCCGGAUCUGGAUUUGGAGGAUAUACAGAGAGAACAACAACCACAACAAAUACAAUCCCUGGAGCUGGUGGAGAAGGAGAAACGACCAACAAGACCUGGACGAAGACUGUUGAUUGGAAAGGUCGUCCGGAGGAGUUGCGUCACUCUGACUAUGAUCCGUUGGAGCGUUACACAACCUACACAAAGGAUAACGAAGAACGAGUCGAUGCACCACAAUGGGCUCGACGACAU